AAGGAUGGUUCUGUAUCGGAAGUCAAUGUACAGUAUGUAAACUGACUGCAAAAUAAUUAAACUUCCCUGAAAACUUUCACUGAACAACAUUUGAAAACUAAGAAUGGGCAUGUUGAAGAUAAUGUUGUUUGUUCUAGUUUUUGGUUUCAUUAUCGCACUGAGCUCGGCUGAGGCUUGCUAUAGUGACAGUGAAUGUCCUUCAAACUAUAAAUGCUGUACCGGAACUACAUGGUGUUGUCAGUAUGGGUACAUCUGUACUGGAACGUCUACAUGUCUCAGUGUUGGUGUGAUCGUCGGUCCAGUUAUUGUGAUUGUGGUGGCCAUUAUCGCAUGUAUCGCCGCCGCCAUCUUUUGUUUAAGAAGAAAACGGCAGACUGCAGGCGUUGUGUACAUACAUCAAGGAGUUACCCCUCAAGGAGGUACACCUAAAUUUUAACUUGAUCAGUCUUGUUACGGACAACUUCCAGGAUAAGGACAACGCAAGAUUACAGACAACCACAAAAAAUGAAAGAUUACAGACAACCACAGAUUGAAGAUCAGCCAUACCCAUAAGCAUUUACACACACACACAGAGAGAGAGAGAGAGAGUGAGAGAGAGAGAGAUUGAUAAGGAGGCUUGAUCAUUUAUUUUAAGAUAUUGCUUUUUAUAUUUAGAUUUGGUUUGUACUGAUCAUGAUCCGCCUGUUAACUAGAAAUAUCUAUUAAGUAAAUGAUUUCUUUUAAA